ACAAGGAACAGGGGAGGCUCUUUGUUGUUGUGCGGGUCUCGAUAGCUUGCAAGCUUCUUCCUUCCCCGCCCGCGUUGCACGGUUCGCUUUCACACAUCAGCUCAUCUCAUCACGAUCCAAAUUCCCCCACAGCGAUGGACCCCGCCCUCUCCCCCGCCGGCCGCCGCGCCGCCACAAUCGCGCGGCACCUCGCCGGCGCGCUCCCGAGUCCUCCGCCCCUCGCCGCCACGGUCGCGCUGCUGGGUCCUUCCCCAUGCCUCAGCUACGCGCUGCCGGAGUCGACCGAGCCCGCGCCAGCGUUCCCGCCCGCUGAGCUCCGCGCGCUCCUCGACGGGCACCACCUCUGGGAGCGCGACUGGGUAUUCCGCGUCAUGGAGGAGAGCCAGCUCUUCUGCCCGCGCCAGCGCUGCAGUGGGAGUAGGGUCUUCGUGGCGCCGGACUACAACGACGGGAAGGAGGCGCAGCGGGAGGCCACGAUGCGGCGGGUCGCGCACCUAGCGCGGCGGGGCGUGUUCCGCGGGUGGCUUACCGAGCCAGGGGCCGAGGCCGAGCUCCGCAAGCUCGCGCUGCUCGAGAGCCUCGGCGUCUACGACCACUCCCUCGCCAUCAAGAUCGGCGUCCACUUCUUCCUCUGGGGCAGCGCUAUCAAGUUUCUUGGAACAAAGCGCCACCACGACAAAUGGUUGUUCGCCACAGAAAAUUAUGAUAUCAAGGGUUGUUUUGCAAUGACAGAACUAGGUCAUGGAAGCAAUGUGCGAGGAAUAGAGACAAUAGCAACUUAUGAUUCAAAAGCAAGAGAGUUUAUCAUAAAUACUCCAUGUGAAUCAGCUCAGAAAUACUGGAUUGGUGGAGCUGCUAACCAUGCUACGCAUACAAUAGUCUUUUCUCAACUCCACAUAAAUGGGAAAAAUGAAGGAGUCCAUGCUUUUGUAGCUCAAAUAAGGGAUGGUGAUGGAAAUGUGUUGCCUAAUAUCCAUAUAGCUGACUGUGGCCAUAAAAUUGGAUUGAAUGGCGUUGAUAAUGGGCGGAUUUGGUUUCAGAAUAUACGUGUUCCUCGCGAGAACUUGCUUAAUUGGGUUGCUGAUGUUUUGCCAGAUGGGCAAUAUGUUAGCAUGAUAGAUGAUCAAGAUCAGAGGUUUGCAGCUUUCCUGUCUCCGCUUACACUUGGUCGAGUAAACAUUGCAGUUAACUCAGUCUACAUUUCAAAGGUAGGCCUAGCGAUUGCUGUGAGGUACGGUUUGUCGAGGAGGGCCUUUUCAUUAACACCAGAUGGUCCUGAAAUGUUGUUGCUUGAUUAUCCCAGUCACCAGCGACGCCUUCUACCACUGCUAGCAAAAGUAUGUCUGAUGAGCAGUGCUGGUAAUUUUAUGAAAAAGAUGUAUGUAAAAAGAACUCCUGAAAUGAGCAAAGCCAUACACAUUUACUCUAGUGCUCUGAAAGCCACACUAACUUGGCAGAAUAUGAUUACGCUUCAGGAGUGUCGCGAGGCAUGUGGAGGCCAGGGUCUAAAGACUGAGAACCGCGUAGGAAUUUUCAAAGCUGAAUUUGAUGUCCAGUCCACAUUUGAGGGUGAUAAUAAUGUUCUAAUGCAGCAGGUAAGCAAAGCACUUUAUGCUGAAUUUUUGGCUGCACAAAAGAAGAAGAAGCCAUUUAAGGGAUUGGGAUUGGAACACCUAAAUGGUCCAAGCCCUGUUAUUCCUGAUAAGCUAACAGGUAGCAUAUUAAGGAGCUCCAAGUUCCAGAUGGACCUGUUCUGCUUAAGGGAGAGAGAUUUACUAAAGCAGUUCGCAGAGGAGGUUUCUCUCCAUCUUGCGCGAGGUGAAAGCAGAGAAAAGGCUUUGAUGCUGAGCUUCCAACUUGCUGAAGACUUAGCUAGAGCAUUUACUGAGCGUACAAUCCUCCAAAUAUUUUUGGAGGACGAGAUGAAUGUUCCUUCUGGUUCCCUAAAGGAGCUGCUGGGCUUGCUGAGGUCUCUAUAUGUUAUGGUCAGCAUAGAUGAAUCUGCAUCUUUUUUAAGAUAUGGAUAUCUGUCACGUGGCAACGUAGCUGGUGUGCGGAAAGAAGUCUUGAAACUGUGCAGUGAACUCAGGCCCCAUGCCCUUGCUGUUGUCAGUUCUUUCGGAAUUCCCGAUGCUUUCCUUAGCCCACUUGCUUUUGACUGGAUUGAGGCAAAUGCGCUGUCAACCGGGAGCCACUGAUCUCAAAAUUCCAUAUGGCAGCCAGGUAUCCAGUGCAAGUACUGAAGAACAACGGUGGAGCAUAGAUACCAUACAACUAUAGGUGCAUUUGCUGCGUCCUGUAGUUCAUACAGUUUACAAUAAUUGUUGUGAAGUGUAUAGUUGGAGGUGCAGAUGCUGAUCCAAUAUGCAAAUGGGGGCUUCUUGAAAUCUGUUAUGUAGAAUAACAUGCUUGAAUAAGCAAACGUAGCCUCACAGGCUACACUCCAUGUACUGGGGCUUACAACGGUAAUAACUUAACAGAGUGGUGUAACUGAAUUGUUGAACAGUAAUAAACAAAAUAAGUCAGUAAUGCUACCUUCAGGAUGCUCAAGCAGCAAUCCCAUGUUCAAAUU